UCCGGAACCACGACCUGGGGCCCGACGGCAAGCCGGCGCACUUCCGCAUCACGGUCUGCAGGUCCGGCGACGGGGGGCGGACGUGGCAGUUCGCGAGCCAGGCUGCCGAGCAGUCUGCUGGCCAGAGUGGCGGCAUGGGGCUGUGGGAGCCGUUCAUCCGUGUGGGCAAACAUGGCGAUAUUCAGCUGACGUACUCGGCGGAGCUGGCAGGCGACAAUCAAGAGACCUUCCGAGUCGUGAGCAGGGACGGCGGGCAGAGCUGGUCUCCGCCGCAGUGCCUGAGAUGCCACGGCCCGGAGGAGAGGUUAAGAGACGGCAUGCAGGGCAUCGUUGAGGUGCGGGAUGCCUCAUCUGGCCAGGAGGCCCUGGUCAUUGUGUUUGAGACGACGCGGCACGGUACAUUCAGUGUCGAGUACGCCAUCAGUUUCGACGACGGCCAUUCUUGGGGCGCGAGAGGCGUGGUCUAUUGUCCACCAUGGGGACGUAAUGCCGGCGCGCCGCAAAUCGCAAGAUUUGGCAACGGAGCGCUGGCAGUUAUCUUCAUGACUGACGAAGACUCGUCUGCUGUUGACUGGCCGAAGAAUGCGGCAGUGAAGAGCGUGGUGUCAGACGGCCUGAAUCAUGGCAGAAUCAACUGGAGCAAGCCGAUGGUGAUCAGCCAAUCAAGCAACUGGCCCGGUCUGUUGGAGGUGGGACAUGGAGAAGUCAUGGCUGUGUACGAGCAUGGUGGACAACCUUUAGGAAAGGUGUUGCGAUGGAGAUAAGAUGAUUGGAGCCAAGAGGCUCAUUUUUAUAUCCAUAGCUGGUUUGUGAGAAUUGCAUGACCAAUACUACAAACCCUUCCUAAGAUAUGCAGUAAGUGAAAAAGCCAAGGCGCUUGUUUGUAGUCA